AUGUCGCCCACGAAAGGUCCAGUGCGGGACGUCAAAGUCCAUGUACCCAGACAUAACUCCCAGCGCAUAGGACCGCGGACAGUCUCGCAUGUUGAGUCGAUUGCGAGAAAGAAGAAGAAAAGGGUGGAGGCAAGGCAGACAGCCUACGAGCCGGCGGGCAUCAUGGCACAGGCAAUUGAGAGUGCUUCUGAGUGGAAUUCUCUUCUCAUGACUGCAAGAGCUGAGCGAGGUCCGCAAUGGGACAUCGGAACACAGCAGUUCCUCGUAGACGAGUACUCCAGCCUUUACUACGAUCCCACACUAUUACGUGAAUAUGAAAAGGAAGGCAAGUCUGAAGAGUCCGACGUGCCACAAAAGAUAGAACGACAGUCAAUGCCUCCUCCCGAAUUCUCGCCACAAAUGCGGCGCGGUCCGCCUUCGGGCCAAGGACCCUCGUCAUUACCUUUCAAUUCUCCACGGCAUCCAUCGCAGAUGGCUCCCGGCAUGUCCUUCGCUAACAUGGGCGUCGUGCCUACGGGGCAGUUCUACGGCAACGGUGACAUGGGCCCUGGACCGUCUCCGAUGCGAAUGGGUGCCAUGGGCAUGCCUGUGGAUCCUAUGGGCGGUAUGGGCGGUAUGGCAGGCAUGAACCCUAUGGCGAAUAUGGGCGGAAUGGGGGGCAUGCCUGGGAUGCCUGGGAUGGGCGGAAUGGGAGAUCUAGCUAUCGUAGUUGGCACUACACCAGACCUUCGGCUGUUUGCGACAUCCAGGGCUUAUGAGGCUGUCACAAGUUCAACAUCCUAG